CAUAACCCUCGUAAUCAUACUAACAUAUAGGCUCAUUGUCGUGGACGUCGUCGGACAUGAGGAUCAUCGCGUUCGAAACGAGAUCGCCCCAAAGCCUACAUCCGCCAGCUCGCCCAAGACAAUUGCCGAGCUUGUUGAAUUCCGGCGUGCUUGGCGGAGCGAGUGCCUCAGAUGGCGCGUCUCUACCCACUUCAGUAACAGGAGCCACUGCGACUGCGUCCUCAGGCCCAUCUGCUGCCACUGCUUCGGCGAGUGGAACCACGGGCAACAGCGCAGCCUCUGCAGAACCUUCAGGACCAUCAGACCCGCCCUCGAGCACGCCGUCCUCGACGGCGUCGUCUACAGCGACAAGCGAUGCGAGUACUGCCAACCAGAGCUCCUCAUCAAGCUCGUCCGAACAGACUUCGACGACAUCGUCUUCGACAUCGUCGUCCGCGUCUACGGGCUCUUCAACACAGUCGUCCUCCAGUACUUCCUCCAGCAGUAUAUCUUCGUCUACUUCAUCGUCGACCAGCGCUAGUACUACGCCAUCUACCUCAUCCCCUUCAUCCACCUCAUCCACCUCAUCCACCUCGACAUCUUCAAGCCUAUCGUCUUCAAGUUCGUCGUCGUCGACCUCAUCCUCUGCGGCUCCGACCGUCACAAACACCCUCCCCAUGACCACAUUCACCAGUGCUGUAGUGACCACGAUCAAUGGUGUGCGAACAACAACCGAUAUCCCCUUCGUGACCACGCUCAGCAUGCCCUCUGCCAGCAUGGCCCCCUCCAGCAACCAUGCGAUCAUUGCCGGUAGCGUCGUCGGUGUCGCUGCAUUCAUCGUCCUCUCGCUCGCUAUGGCCGUUUGCUAUCGCAGACACCAACAGAAGAAGCCCAUAUUCUUCCGCCGUUCCCGUCCCCCGCCACGCAAUAUGCUUCUCGCCGGUGAGGACAUGGACGAUUAUGACCUCGGCCCGCCCAUGUCCUCCUACCGCGAUACCCCCGGCACUGGCUCCGUGCCAUCCCUUGCUUCGCGUGCGACGUCCUACAACGCCGGCUCUCUCCAAGGUGCACCUCUUGUUCCUCCUGCUCCCUUCGCCGACCAGGGCCGUGUUUCGUACUCCCCACACCUCAUGGGUAUGCGCACCUCUGAGUCUGGCUCGAUUUUCCAGGAGGCCGUCUGGCCUCCCCCGCGUUCAGCGCUUGUAGACCCGCUUCUGGCGUCCUCGGAAGACCUCUCACACAUCGUUGACGACGUUAUGGGUCCCGCCAACCCAUCGGGCGGAGACAACAGCCCGAGCUUCGGUGGCGGCGCUGUGCGCUCUCCUGGGUCAGUCGCUGCUGCCGGACAGUCGACGCACGCGCGCGCACCCUCGGAGGACCCGCUCAUGGGCGGCGAGCUCGAGUCGCCCUCGCACUCGCCACGAACACCCACGUGGCGCAGUCCGCUCUUUGUGACAAACAUGGGUUCCGAGACCGCGUCCGUACGCACGGCAGCCAGCCCACCGCCCGGCGCGCGCAGCCGGUUCUCGCAGGGGCAAUCUCGUCCAAGUCAUGAUGAUGAGGGAGGCACGUACGCCAUGGGUGAGGCACUCUAG